UAGCUUCUUUCCCAUGGACAAAUUGAUUCCUUGCUCUCCAUAUAGCAUAACAACAAGCAUUGAAGAUAGUAGUUUCGUGUCCUUCCUGUUUUUACGAGAGUCCAGCAUCUCCUCAACUUCUCUUAGUGCUUGCACCUUGAUGUCCACCCCUACCCAGGUCAAUUUUUUGAAUAGAAAAAAAGUUGGCAAUCGAACAGUUGCCAUGGGAUUUAUCUCCGAUAGGCAGAGCAGCGGUGGCUGCGGCGACGGGGGUGGGUUUUCCGGUGGAUUGAGAUGCAUCGUGAGGAGGAAGCGGGUUGAUUCUGCCGUUUCUACUCAUUCCAAGUCGUCCUCUUCUUCUUCCCCUCAUUCGUCUUCUUCUGGGCAUGUUAGAGACCAUCAGUUGGCCAAGGCUUUGACCGUCCCUCAUCUCAUCGCUAUAGGUGUUGGUGCAACAAUAGGGGCGGGGGUAUAUAUUCUUGUCGGGACAGUUGCCAGAGAGCAUUCUGGGCCGGCCCUAACAUUCUCCUUCUUAAUAGCUGCUAUAGCCGCUGCUCUUUCUGCCUUCUGCUAUGCCGAGCUUGCUAGUAGGUGCCCCUCAGCUGGGAGUGCAUAUCAUUAUUCUUACAUAUGCGUCGGGGAAGGAGUUGCCUGGUUGAUUGGAUGGGGGCUGAUAUUGGAGUACACAAUUGGAGGUUCUGCUGUAGCACGUGGCAUAUCUCCUAAUCUGGCCUUGCUCUUUGGAGGUGGAGACAGUCUACCGGUCUUUUUAGCCCGUCACACGAUCCCUGGGAUUAACAUUGUAGUGGACCCAUGUGCGGCAGUAUUAGUUUUUAUUGUGACAGGUCUUUUGUGUGUGGGAAUCAAGGAGAGUACGGUGGUGCAAGGAAUUGUCACAAUGGUUAAUAUAUGUGCCAUGAUUUUUGUUGUGGCUGUUGGUGGAUAUCUGGGAUUUAAAAGUGGGUGGCCAGGCUAUGAUCUUCCUGUUGGGUAUUUCCCAUUUGGAGUUGAUGGAAUGCUUGCAGGGGCUUCAACCGUCUUCUUUGCUUAUAUUGGCUUCGAUUCAGUUGCCAGCACAGCUGAGGAGGUGAAGAAUCCUCAACGUGACUUGCCAAUGGGAAUUGGUUUGACCUUGUCAAUAUGUUGCACAUUGUAUAUGUUAGUGUCUGCUGUAAUUGUUGGCUUAGUCCCCUACUAUUCUAUGAAUCCUGAUACCCCAAUCUCAUCUGCAUUUGAGAACCAUGGGAUCAAAUGGGCUGCAUAUGUUGUAACUGUUGGAGCCUGUACGGCUCUUUGCUCUACGUUGAUGGGUUCUCUCUUACCACAGCCACGUAUACUUAUGGCAAUGGCUCGAGAUGGGUUGCUUCCGCCGUUCUUUUCAGAUGUUAACAAAAGUACUCAAGUUCCUAUCAAGAGCACCUUAGUGACGGGUUUGUUUGCUGGAACCUUGGCAUUUGUCAUGGAUGUUGACCAGUUGUCUGGAAUGGUAAGUGUUGGUACACUUCUUGCGUUUACAAUGGUUGCAAUAUCAGUUCUUGUACUCCGUUAUGUUCCACCAGAUGAGGUUCCCCUUCCACCAUCUUUUCAAGACGCAAUAGAUUCAGUAAACUUGCACUAUACUAGUGUGGAUGUUGAUGUUAAGAGUUCCAAAAAAGAUACCGUAACCUCAGAUGUAGCCCUUCCACUGUUACUGAAGGCACCUUUUGGGCAUCCCUUUCUAGAGAAAGCCGCAUCACAACUUAGCAUUUUGCUAAAUGAAAGAAGGAAAAUUGCUGGAUGGACCAUCAUGUUCACGUGCCUUGGGGUGCUUAUACUUACCUCUGCUGCUUCAACAGUUGGCAUGCCAAAUUCUGUGAGGUUUACAUUUUCUGGAAUUGGAGGCUUUCUAGUACUCUCAGGUCUGGUUGUGCUAAUGUCCAUAGACCAAGAUGUUGCCCGACACACUUUUGGACAUUCAGGAGGUUUUGUUUGCCCUUUUGUGCCGCUUCUCCCAAUUCUCUCGAUUCUCAUCAAUGUAUACUUGUUGAUAAAUCUUGGAGCUGCGACUUGGGCUCGUGUAUCUAUAUGGCUGUUAAUAGGUGUAUCUAUAUACAUUUUCUAUGGUAGGAACCAUAGUAGCCUGCAAGAUGCUGUUUAUGUGCCUGCAGGGCAUGUUGAUGAAAUUUACCAGAGUUCGCGCCGAACUCUGGCGUAGUUCUCCGUGUCUGUUUGGCAAGUGAAAAAAUCCAUGUUCUCACUUGUGAUUGCCAAUGUUGAUCAAAUAAAUGAUGUUCCAAGUCCAUUGGAGAAAGCUUAGUUCCACAACUGAAUUGUUGGUUGUUACUCCGUAUUUAACUUUUAAAGUGGAGAAAAGCCUUAUGCCUGAUAAGUUCAUUGCAGUGGACAUGGGAAAAUGUAAAUAUGUUGUAAGAUUAUAGAUUUAUGUAUUGGUUUUCAGAGCUUGGGUUGUAAUUCUCUUAACUCAAUAAGCAAUGUAUUCUUUAUGAGUAGCAUUUGACAUAUCUAUGUGAUCUGUUGUGAAUUUAUGUAUUGUUUUUUUGUUGUUGAAAAGCCUAAAGCUGUAGACCUAAAACUAACCCGGUUAACCUAUCUAGAACCAGCUAUUUCGGAAUGAAAUGGGCAGUUUCCAUAAUUUUCUUUUUUGUGCAUAAAUCUCAUUUAAACAAUUUUAUUUUUCUAAAUUUAUGGAGAAUUUGAUUUAAAAUUUCAAUUUAAAAGGAAAGGAGAAUGACAUAAGACCAUGCGGUGCGCCUAGCGGGAAGGGAAGGGGAACACCCCCCAUGCAGGAAAGGGAAAGCCGAAACUUUUUCUACAAAUGUGAUCAUGGAGGCGGCAAAAACUUUAUCCGAAUAUGCAGAAAUUGGAAAUACUUCAGUGCCAUAAAAAGAAGACAUUGUU